UUAAAGGGGGCAACAUUAACACAGUUCUGCUGGGUUAAUUAAACCAAAAACCACAAUGAACACCUCUGUCAUCAACUCCAGCCUACCACUCAACCACCCCUCUUCGGGUUCAGGCCCCCUGCCCUGGUACGAAUUUGACUUGUGCAAAGACACACCCCAUGCGUUUGUGUUCUGCUACCUCAUCAAGGUCUUUAACCUGGUGGUGGGCUUUCCUGCCAACAUCAUGGUGAUGUGGCAGGUGGCCAGGAAGAAGAGCGACUCCUCCACCUCCGACAUCUUCAUCUUCAACCUGGCCAUCAUCGAUGCCUACUUCUGCCUGAUGACCCCCAUCGAGCUGCUGAACCGCCUACUGCUCAGCGACAAGCAUAUAUGGUACUUCCAGCGCUUCGCCUACGGGAUCAAGGACACCACCCCGCUCUUCCUCACCUGCAUUUGCCUGGACCGCUACAUAGCUGUGGUCCACCCCAUCGUGUUCACCGGCAUCAGGGACAACAAGAUCAGAGUGGCCUUAUCCAUGCUGGUGUGGGGGCUCAUGCUGUCCUGCGCCCUUUGCAAGUCCGUCGUGGGGGAGGACAGCACGAUCAACAUCUUCACCGGGCUGAUCCUGGCCGCCUUCACCAUCAUGGUCUUCUGCAACCUCUCUAUCAUCUGGAUUCUGAGGAAGUCGGUCAUGGGCAAAGAGAAGAUGCACCCCAUGAAGAAGAAAGCCUUCAGAACAGUGGUCAUCACCCUGGCCAUCAUCGUCUUUAACUACCUGCCCCCAGUGGCUCUUUUUCCCUUUGCUGAGUACUACAGCAUCCUUGAAUUCAAGUGUCACAUCAGCGUGAUUGUCUUCUCCUUCAUGGACCUCAGCUCCAGCAUUGAACCCCUGCUCUACAUGUCCAAGAUGGAAAGACCAUCAUGUCUCGCCAACCUCCCCUGCAGCUGCUGCCAAAGCCCUUUCAAAGAGUGAUGUAACGGAAGCAUGUGAGCCGUAUCUACGUAUCUGGUCUGUAUUAGGUUGCAUCUGAAUGGUGCCUUCCAAUUAUUAACUCUGAGUUCAUUAACCAAAUAAAGAUUAUUUGAACGAUGGGCAAAUGGUUUGGA